CUGGCUGUGGUGUCAGAGAGCUGCUUGAUGAGGUGGCUUGUCUGCCUGUCGGGACACUACUGGGUUUCUAGACUCCUUCAGGUUUCCAGGGAAGCUUACUGUGUCUUUUUUGUUUAUGCUGGGAGAUUAGGCCCGCCUCUUCCACUGACCUGUAGGUGCUGCUGGAUUGUCAAGAAUGCCAUCCCGUUACUAUGUAGGCUUCCUGUGUUUUGUUAAAACAUGUAGCCCAGUCCCACCCCUCUAGUGGUGGGUUGUGUUCUUCUUCCACUGGGCGGGAUCAUUCAGGGUUCAUCUCAGACUGUGGCACUGGCUGCACAACCCAUUAGAGUCAGAGCUUCAGCCCUCUGGGGUUUGUUGGGGAGGUUAGGGACCUGCUCAGCCGCCCCAGGCAGUCUCCUGCUUUCAGCUUCCUCUCUCUCCAGGCCAGGGGAGGGGGCAAUAGCUCAGUCUGCAAACUCUUUUUCAACUCCGCACUUGUAAUUCCUGGCGCUUGACUGGCAAAGAUCCCCUGUUCUGUGUAUUGCUGAGGCUUUGCGGGAAGUGCUGUAUCUGGACUGGAGCACCAGAGGUGGAGCCUCUGACUCGCCAGUCAGAUGCACUUUCUGGGUGAAGCAGCACUCCUCCCCGCCUCGGUCUGCCCUGAGUGUGCUUUGCUCACCCUCCAGCCAGACCCAUUGAAAUGCACCUGGUACCUCGGUUAGAGCUAGGAGAUCUCUGGGUUUCUGUGUCUCCCGCUGCUUGCCUCGUGGACUCCCUGCUCCUAAUCAUGGCUGUUUCAGGGACUCCUUCCCAUCUCACAGUGGGUCAGGCCCCAGCCUCAUCUCGAAGGACCUGAGCAUAGCGGAGAUGUCCCUAUACUCUUGUCUUCUCCCCAUAAGGGGUUUUCCAGGGGUCAGGAAUCUAAGGGAGACGUCCCCAUCUUCCUGAACCCUCUCCGGUGUUCAGUAGUGCAGUCCAGGACGACUUCCGAUCAUCUCCGCAGUAGCGGCCAAGGUUAGAGUAUUCAGAAGCCCCAUUUGCAGACCCCGGCCCUGCCUAACAGCAGGACCAAAUCCCCAGCUUACGCUACUAAAACUUCUAUCUCAAAUCAUCCCUUUGGCACACAAACCCCCGUUAAUUAAAUAACUGUACUUCCUGUUUCUCUUCCUACCCCUGGCAUGAGUGAGUUUGUGUGUAGUCCCAUGGCCCAACGGCUACAGGGCUUGUGUGGGCCUCAACCUGCAGGUUCCAUGGGGACAUCAUAAGGCCUAAAGAUGAUUCACCUCAGGACUGAAAGUUCUGAGGUGACCAGGCCUGGCAGUUAUACGGGUACACCUUAGCCAAGAUGCCCUGAAACAUCCCUUAGGGGACAUAGCCAGGAAGCCAUCAGACUGAUCUCCCAUUGGGGGGCACCCAACCUUUGUCUGUCAAUCCUAUAUGUGGUUCCGUCUUUAAUGUAAAUUAGCCAGUUUUGUUAGACUCUUGUUAGCUGAUAUACAGUGGGUUAGGCCUGGUUCCCUUGAAGUAAGAAAUGUUCUAUAGUGGGUAACAGACCACUGGCUGCAGGGAACCUUUACUGAAUUUAUGCUCCUAAAAGUAACUCUGUUCUCUUUCCUUCUCCUCUUCUUCUACUACUGAGCCUCACUUCCUCUAACUCUGCCAUGCGGCAAAUAGCCCUAGCACUGUCUCUUUCUAUUUUCUUUCUUAUUAUAAUCAUUGUAGCCUGUAGGUUCUCUCAGCCACCCCCUCCAGGACAGGAGUAUUUCUACCCAUGUUGGAUAUAAUAUCUUUUUAUAACCCUUCCUCACCCCUAACUACCCCAUGACAGAGCAUGAACUAGGGGUCUAGGCGGGGCUCCUGAUUACCCAAAGUCUCCAUUGGGAUGUCUAGUCCAAAAUUUACCUAAACUGGGCCUUUCCAUAAAAAAUAAAAGGCUGCUCUUCCUCUCCACCAUGGCCUGGCCACAGUACUCUCUGGACAACCAGUCUAAGUGGCCUUCAGAGGGCACACUUGACUUCAAUGUCCUGACAGAUUUAGAUGAACUUUUGCCAAAGGAACAGCAAGUGGUCAGAGGUCCCUAUGUCCAGGCCUUUUGGUAUCUGCUGCUCCCGAUCCGGCCCUCUGCUCCUCUUAUUCCUCUGCCCAGGUCCUGUUAGCCAAAACCACACCUUUGCCCUCAGCUCCGCCCAGCUCUGCACUCUCCAAAAACCCGGAAGUCCUGUCUUGCCAAGCCCUCUUUACCAACCCUCCUCCUUAUGUGGGGCCUCAACUCCCUCCUCCCUCUUCUCCUUCUCCUCCCCAAAGCCCUAAAAUAGCUUCCCCUGUCAGUGCUCACACCCACUCUCACGACCCCCCACUCCUCUGCCCUUUGCGUGAGGUAGCUGGGGCUGAGGGUGUUGUACGAGUGCACAUUCCGUUUUCUCUCUCUGACCUAUCGGCUAUCCAGAAGCGCCUGGGGUCUUUCUACACUAACCCGACUGCCUACAACAAAAAGUUCCGCUAUCUUACCUAACCUAUCUUAUCUAACCUGGCAUGACACGUAUGUAAUCCUAUCCUCCACCCUCACCCCAGAUGAGCGUGACCGCAUCCUUACAGCAGCCCGGGCGCACGCUGAUCAAGUGCAUCUCACAGUCAGAUGCCAGUAGGUGCAGUGGCAGUCUCCGAGGCCUACUGGAAUUAUCAAACUGGUCAAGAUGGCUGCCACCACCAAAACCAAAUGCUACAGUGCCUCCUAGCGGGCAUGCAAAGCGCAGCCCCAAAGGUAGUUAAUUAUGGACAAAUUUAAGGGAAAUAACUCAGGGCCCUAUUGAAAACCCCACCACCUUUCUCGAUUGACUAACUAAUGCUAGGAUCCUCCAUAACUGGCUGGAUCCGGCCUCUUUAGUGGGGGCUACAGUUCUAGCCACCCAUUUCAUCUCUCAGUCAGUGGCUGAUAUUAGAAAGAAACUUAAAAAGGCUGAGGAGGGCCCUCAAACUCCCAUACGAGACCUGGUAAACAUGGCAUAUAAAGUUUUUGAUGGCCAAGAGGAAAAGGCUGAGGCCACCUGCCAGGCCCAUCUAUAGGAAAAGGUGAGCCGCCAAACCCAAGCUCUUGUGGCAGCCCUGAGGCCGGCAGCCCACCAGGUGCCUGGUGGAGAGGGGGGUCCAUCAAAGCCUGCCAAGAACUCUGGGGGCGCUCCACCUGAGCACUGUUUCAAGUGCGAUCAGGAAGGACACUGGGCACAGUCAGUGUCCAUGUCCCCAACCACCUACCAAGCCCUGCCCAGACUGCAAGCAGCUUGGACAUUGGUGCGGUGAUUGCCCAUCCCGGACUACAGGCUCACCCCCCCACACCUCUGUGUGGAGAGCAGGACAGUCCACAGGAGGCGAUCCCAUCACUGGAACUUCUUGGCAUGCUGGAUGACUGACAAGGGCCAGACUCAAGGACGCCCAUCACCCUUGCCGAGCCCAGGGUAACGCUACAGGUAGCAGGUAAGUCCAUUUCCUUCUUAAGUGGACAUGGGGGCUACCUAUUCUGUACUUGCCUUCCUACUCAGGACCUAGCAUACCUUCCUAGGUUUCAGUCACUGGCAUUAAUGGAAAGCCUUCCUGCUCUAAUCAAACUCAUCCUUUAGCCUGUGUCCUCGAGGGACACCCCUUUUCCCACUCCUUUUUAAUCAUACCCUCCUGCCCAGUCCCCCUUUUAGGACGAGAUAUUCUCCAGACUGUGGGGGCCUACUCUCCAACUCACUGGCCCCCCACACUCAAGCCCAUCACCCACCCACCUCCGACGGCCCCUCCUAACUGACACCAUGCCCUGUCUUAACCCCUCGCUUCAACCCCCUAUUCCUCCCGAUGUAGUUAAUCCCUUGGUAUGGGAUACCUCUAAGCCUGUAGUGGCCAGACACCACACGCCAGUUAAAAUACUUCUAAAAUCCUACCCACUUUCCCUCACGUCCUUAGUUCCCCAUCUCAAAAACAAACCUGUCAAGGCCUGAAGCCUAUCAUCACCCACUGCUAGCCCAGGAACUACUCACUAACCACAUCACAAAAGGUGGAGCUCAUUGCCCUAACCCGAGCUCUUACACCAGCACAGGGAAAGUGAGCAAAUAUCUAUACUGGCUUAAAAUAUGCUGUUCUUAUUACCCACUGCCACUCUGCCCUCUGAAAAAGCGGGAAUUCCUUACCACAAAGGGGUCCCCCAUAAUCAAUGCUACCCAAAUCUCUAAUCUCCUGCAGGCCCUGUCACUGCCCAGAGAAGUUGCUGUCAUUUACCCCCAGGGGCACCAGGCCCAGCAGGAUGCCGUUUCCAGGGGCAAUGCAAGGGCAGAUGCAGCAGCAAAAUCUUUAACCAAUACCACAUUAACCCCAACUCCAGUCAUUUUUCUCACCACGGCCAUGCCGCCAGUCUACUCGCCAUCAGAAAAACAGGCCCUUAUAUCGAAAGGAGGAACCAAAUCUGAUAAGGGCUGGAUCUUCUUAAAUGACAGGAUCGCCCUUCCAUGGGAACAGGCCCCUAAAAUUAUUACUGAAAUCCACCAAUCCUUACAUAUAGGGCCUAAGGUGUUACACCGCUUUGUGCAGCCCCUCUUUUUCUCACCAGGUCUACAACAGACGACUGACCAGGUACACAAGGCAUGCAUUACUUGCUCUAAGGUCUCACCUCAGGGAGGCUUAAGGUUUCCUACCCACCAAACGCAUGGCAACCUGCUGGCCCAAGACUGGCAAAUUGAUUUUACUCAUAUGCACACUCACAAGAAACUCCACUACCUCCUAAGCUUUUCUGCAUGGAUUGAAGCCUUUCCUACCUCCAGGGAAACCGCGGACAUGGUGGCCUCCCUCUUAGUUCAAGAAAUCAUCCCAAGUUUCGGCUUGCCUGCAACCAUCCGGUCAGACAACGGUCCAGCAUUUACAGCUCAGGUGGUCCAGCUGGUCGCCAAGUCUCUCAGCAUCUCCUGGAAACUGCACAUCCUCUACCACCCUCAGUUGCCAGGACCAGAAAACCCCCACCCAGUGACGCCUCUCCAACCAGGCAACAGCGUUCUCCUCCGAGAGCUCAAACCAGGAUCUUUGCAGCCCCGGAAUCCUGAACUAAGGGCCCCACCACCAGGACCCAUUAUCUUGCACAGGCAAACUGCCAAACAGGCAGCUGUCAGUCUACUGUCUCCAUCAUCAUCCAAGGCGGCUGUCCGUCUACCAUCUCCAUCCUCAUCCCACACGGUUUUUACAGGCCCGCAUAAGGAAAAUUUCCAGGGUGGCUGUAAACCAGAUGCUGCUUCACCCCUAUGUCCGACUCCCAGCCGAAGCACCAGCCAGCUGACCGCCCCCCACACUCUGCCCCUACUCAGCAGGAAGUAGCCAGAAAGAAGCAGCGUCCUCUAUCAUCAAAAGGGUCAGAAUGUAAGGCCGGUUGCCUCGCCAGGAGCUCGGACAUGACCAUCCCUCUCUGUGCCUGAAAACUACGUCACCACGCCACGCUCGACAUCAAGCCCUGCACUCAGCAUCUAGCUCCGCCAUGUGGCUUCCCCAACGCCCACUUCUACGCUCCGCACCAGAAUCUGCACUCCACACUAAACUCUGCACUCAGCACCUAGCCCGCCAUUGGAAAACCCCACCAAAAUUUAAAAGAAGCCCUGCCAAAACCUGCCCAAUAGCAUUUUGCCCCGUCCAGGUCCCACUCCUGCUGGGCAGCCAGCUCACCGGAAAUCCCACCUACCUACCAAUAGCAGCUUGCCCCGUCCAGGUCCUGUUCCCUCAUAACCAGUCAAGACACCCUCACUCGCUAGAAAAUCCCAUGCCUCGGGAAGUCAGGCACCACUUCCCUGGCCCCUUUCCCCGGGACCAUGGAACCUCACCCGGGAAGUAAAUAAA